AUGAAGAUGAAAGCAAUCAACCACCACCUUCGGUCAGGAGAAGCACUGGAAAUGCUAGAGUCGACAAGGACCAAAGCCGAGAUCAUCAACCCCGAGGGUCUGAGCGAUCGCGCCAUGACAGACGACAAUACGAUCGAUCUCGGUCUGCUUCGUCCGGUUUUCAGAAACCAGAAUAUGCACCACGGCCACACCACUUGGGAUUGUCGAGGUUUACACGAUAAAGUUAUCGAGUUGUUGAACCGUGGGCACCUGAAGGAUGUGUUGACCGAAAACGGUAAAGAAACCAUGGCCAGAAGGAAUGAGCGAGAACUGACUCCACCAGCUCACCCCAAGCCGAAGGGGACAGUUGGAGUCAUUAUCGGUGGAUCCGAAAUCAGUGGCAUAUCACAUUCAGCUAUAAAGAGGAAUGCCCGGAAGGCUGUAAAUCCAAUCCUGCAAUCAACCGAACCUGUUACACCGUGGUCCGGACAGAUUAUAAGUUUCAUCGACAAUGAAGCCACGCAAUUACUCAAUCCACAUCACGAUGCUUUGGUAAUCUCUAUUCUUGUUGCUAAUUAUACAAUUAAACGUGUCUUAGUUGACAAUGGCAGCUCAACAAAUGUCCUCUUCCUAAGCUGUCUCAAAGCAAUGGAAAUCGACGAAUCCCAUAUUGUUGGUCGGUCAACAAUACUCUUGGGGUUCAACGAAGAGCAGGUCUACAACCUAGGGGAGAUUGCCUUGCCGGUUUACACGGAAGGAAUAAAUCUCAACACUAACUUCAUGGUGUUGAAUAGUGCUUCUCCUUAUAAUAUCAUACUCGGUCGAUCGUGGAUCCAUGAGAUGAAAGCAAUACCUUCAACGUACCAUCAGCUGAUACGUUUUCCUACAAAAUGGGGGGUCAAGGAGAUUAGGGGAGAACAACAUGUUUCACGGAACUGUUACAUGAGUGCCUUGAAAGGAAAAACAAAUGACUUAUAG